AUGUCUCACCUGCUAUUUGCCUUACUUUCAUUAUUUUCCCUUGCUGCCCUUCUGGAAGCGCAGUGGAAGCUGAGGGAAAACGUGUACGUCAUAGAGUCAGAGUGGAACGAUGAGACACCAGCUAAAAGAGUGGAGCUCACCUGUGACGCGUCUGAUGAAGCACUGCCAGUUUACUGGAAAAAGGGCACAGAACUCAAAGGAACGGGAAAGACUCUGAUUGCCGAAGUGAAAGAGUUCCCAGAUGCUGGCAACUACACCUGUCUGACAGCUAACACCCACGAAAUCGUCAGCUAUAAUUUCUUCCUCAUAACUAAAAUAGACUCCAAUGGGCAAAUGAUAAGGUCAAUUCUGAAGAGCUUUAAAGAGCCAAACAGGACAUUUUUAAAAUGUGAGGCAAAGAACUACUCUGGAAUUUUCAAAUGUUCAUGGAUGACCGAAAAUGAGAGUCCAAAUGUGAAGUUCACCAUCAGAAGUCUGAAAGGCUCGCAAGGAGACGUGACCUGCAGCAGCCCUGUAGCUCACGCUGAUAAAUCAGUGACGGAAUACAGCGCCCAGUGCCAGAAAGAAAACUACUGUCCGUUCGCUGAAGAGCACCAGCCAACCGAGAUGUUCCUGGAGGUCAUUGACGAGGUGGAAUACGAGAACUACACUAGCAGCUUCUUCAUCAGAGAUAUCAUAAAACCUGACCCACCCCAAUGUCUGUCCGUGGCCACAAAUGGAACAGUGACCUGGACAUAUCCCAGAACAUGGAGCACACCGAAGUCCUACUUCCCUUUGACUUUCAGGGUCAAAGUUGAAAGCGCAGAGAAACACAAAGGCGAGCCAGAGGUCUACACUGCUGAGGAGCAGUCUGUUCAGAUUCCCACGGCUGGCCCGAAAGACAAGAUCUCUGUGCAGGCCAGGGACCGCUAUUACAACUCAUCCUGGAGUGAGUGGUCUUCACUCUGCAGGUAA